CGGCGCUCCCCCCCCCCCGUCCGCCAAAAAAAAGAGUCUGACGUUCGUUUCCCGUGCGGGUACGCACUUUUUUCCCUACAUGGACAACGUCCCAGACAGUGAGAUGCUCGUCGAUGAAUACGAGCAGUUUCACAAUGACAGAACUGACGAGGUGGUUGUCUCCCGGUCCGGAUCGGAGGAACCGGAGCCAGAGCCUCUCGCCGAUGACCAUGCAGCAAUGAUGGCUCGGAUCCUCCCGAAAGACCCCGAUUUGGAAACCGAACAUGAGACGUAUCACACAUGGCAUAUCCAGGAUUGGCGGAAGCUGAAAAAGAAGGAGCACGGCCCGGUCUUCCAGUGCGGAGGGUCUCCAUGGCGCGUUCUUUUCUUCCCAUAUGGAAACCAUGUUGAGCAUGCCUCCUUCUAUCUGGAACACGCCUGGGAUGGCGAGCCUCCCGAGAACUGGUACGCCUGCGUCCAGUUCGCUCUGGUCUUGUCGAACGUGAAGGACCCGUCAAUCUACAUCUCUCAUGUCGCGACUCAUCGGUUCAACUCGGAUGAGGGAGACUGGGGCUUCACUAGAUUCUGCGAGCUGCGCAGGCUUUUCAACAUACAAUGGGAGGGUCGCGGUGUGCCUCUCGUCCAGAACGAAGAGGCUAUCGUCACGGCCUAUGUCCGUGUCGUCAAGGACCCCACGGGUGUCUUGUGGCACAGCUUCCAGAACUAUGACUCGAAGAAGGAAACCGGCAUGGUCGGAUUGAAAAACCAGGGCGCGACCUGCUACCUUAACUCGCUUCUGCAGUCCCUUUAUUUCACCAACUCCUUCCGGAAGGCCGUCUACGAAAUUCCAACUGAGGCCGAGGCCUCCAGAGAUAACAGCGCCUGGACUCUCCAGAGGUUGUUCUAUAAUCUUCAGACGAGCGAGAACUCCGUGUCGACGACGGAGCUCACCGCGUCCUUCGGCUGGGAGUCGCGGCAAAUCUUCGAGCAACAAGAUGUCCAGGAACUCUCGAGGAAGCUCAUGGAGAGAAUGGAGGAGAGGAUGAAAGGCACGCCGGCGGAGAAAGCCCUGCCGGAGCUGUUUGUCGGCAAGACCAAAACCUACAUUUCAUGCAUCAAUGUCGACUAUGAAUCGUCGCGAGUGGAGGACUUCUGGGAUAUCCAGCUCAAUGUUCGUGGCAACAAGACUCUCGACGACAGUUUCAAAGAUUACAUCCAGGUGGAGACCCUCGAAGGCGAGAACAAGUACGAUGCCGGUCAGCCCUACGGACUCCAGGACGCCAAGAAGGGUGUUAUCUUCGAGAGCUUCCCCCCGGUUCUGCAUCUUCACUUGAAGCGAUUCGAGUACGAUAUCCACCGCGAUGCUAUGAUGAAGAUCAACGACCGACACGCCUUCCCCAUGGAGUUUGACGCCACUCCGUACCUUUCCCCCGAUGCCGACAAGUCCGAACCCUGUAUCUACGAACUGCAUGGUGUGCUGGUGCAUAGUGGAGACCUGAAUGCUGGCCAUUACUACGCCUUUCUGAAGCCCACCAAGGACGGGCACUGGUACCGCUUUGACGACGAUCGGGUGACCCGGGCUACGGACAAGGAAGUGCUCGAGGAGAACUACGGCGGUGAAUACGAGCUGGCCAACGGUGCCACCGGUGUUCGGCAACCUUACACACGGGGUUUGUCGACGAAGCGCUCGAUGAACGCUUACAUGUUGGUCUACGUUCGGAAGACGCGAUUGGAUGACGUGCUCUUGCCGAUCACAAAGGAAGACGUUCCAUCUCACAUUGAGAAGCGGCUUUUGGAAGACCGUGUCGAUUUCGCUCGCAGGAAGAAGGAGAAGGAAGAGGCUCACUUGUACAUCAACGUUGGCGUCCUCAGCGAGGAAUCUUUCAAGUCGCACCACGGCUUUGAUCUGACAAGCGCUGAACUACCUGUCGACGACGCUGCGGUGCCGAAGCAGCACAAAAUUCUCCGGGCCAUGAAGGUCGGGGAGUUUGCGCAGCAGCUUGCGGAAGAGAAGGGGCUCAACCCCGAACAGGUCCGGUUCUGGGUGAUGGUGAACCGGCAGAACAAGACGACGCGUCCGGAUCAAGUCAUCAAGGACCGUGACAUGACGGUGGAAGAGGCCUACAACCGGUAUGGCACCAAAGGAAACCCGUUCAAGGUAUGGAUGGAGGUUGGCCAGCCUUCCGCGGACGGGACAGUCUCCUGGCCCGACAACAACUCCUUGUUGGUCUUCCUCAAGCACUUCGACGCUCCUUCGCAGACUCUUACCGGAGUCGGUCCCGUUUACGUGCGCAAGACGCAGAAGGUGGCCGAUCUCGCCCCCGUGAUCCUGGAGAAGAUGGGAUGGCCUGCCGGAACCGAGUUCAUGCUGUACGAAGAAAUCAAGCAUAACAUGAUCGAUAUCAUGAAGCCCAAGCAGACCUUCCAGCAGUCCGAGAUCCAAGAUGGUGACAUUAUUGCCUUCCAAAAACAGAUCAAGGAGUCGGAGCUUCCCGCUACAGCUUUGUACACGGACGCGCGCCAGUAUUACGAUUACCUUCUCAACCGGAUAAACGUCACCUUUGCUCCUCUCAAGGCGGAGGAGGGAGACGAUUUUGUCCUGACACUGAGCCGAAAGAUGACGUACGACCAGUUUUCCAAAAAGCUCGGGGAGCAUAUCAACGUGGAGCCAACGCACCUGCGUUUCGCCCCGGUCCUCGCAAGCAACGGCAAGCCCAAGGCGUUCAUCAAGCGCAACCCCAACCAAGCCAACCAGACUCUGUACCAUAUUCUGAGCGGGCAGGUGACUACAUACGGCUACAGCAUGCAUCGCCAGGAUGCCCUGUACUACGAGGUUCUGGAAACGAGCUUGAGCGACUUUGAGUCCAAGACCACCCUCAAGGUCACGUGGCUUCCUGACGGCAUCGCCAAGGAGCAAACCGUGGAGGUGUUGGUUCCCCGUGAUGGAACCAUCGCGGAUGUCAUUGCGGGACUACAGAAAAAGGCCAACCUGGACGACGACACGAUCCGUGAGACUCGUGUCUAUGAAGCUCACAACGGCAAGAUCUAUAAGGAGUUCCAGGAAGAUUCCAAGAUUUCCGGCAUCAACGAUUUCGUCUUGCUAUUUGCCGAGCGGGUUCCUGAAGAAGAGACCAACAUGCAGGAAGGCGAACGGACGUUAAACGCCUUCAACUUCGACCGGGACGCCAGCCGGCCGUACGGCGUGCCUUUCAAGAUAGUUAUGAAGCCGGGCGAGAUCUUCAAGCAAACGAAGGAACGACUCUCCAAGCGCACUGGCAUCAAGGGCAAACAAUUCGAAAAGAUCAAGUUUGCCGUGGUUUCCCGGACCAUGUACACCAACCCGCGUUACCUUGAAGAUGAUGACAUCCUUUCCGAUGUCAUCGGCGAUUCGGACGACCUCCUUGGCCUCGACCAUGUAAAUAAGAACCGGAGCUUUUGGAACCGAGGCGGAGGCGAAUCGAUCUCCAUCAAAUAGAUGUGAAUCUGCGUGCUGGAGUUGUGCAUUGCAUUUUGCCGGACGAGACGAGCCGAGCCACCUUGACAUUUGGCAGGGAAUACAUACGACCAUGGACAUGCGGAGGUCCUGCUUCCGAUGAAAGGGACAACAUACAUUAUACAUCGACUCGACCGAAUGGUAUUUUUAUUCGUUGCGUUGUGUUAGCUUAGAAGGAAGGAGGGCAGGCCUAAUGGUCUCGUUAUGAUGUGUUUUACCAACUGCGUUUCAUGUAUGACCUACCUACCCACUAUGACUUGGCAUUAUCCAGGUUUUACGAAUGAAUUGUAUUGAGGGAGAUGCGGA